AUGUCUACUCUUGUUAUCGCACCCACAUUUUUCACCGCCGGUAUCUACGUUCUCCUCGGUAGCCUGAUCCGGGUCCUCGGGCCCGAAAGCUCCUUUCUGCGACCCAAAUGGUACCUCUGGAUCUUCUGUACCUGCGAUGCCAUCUCGCUAGUUGUUCAGGCCAUUGGUGGUGGAAUGGCCGCAUCCCAGGCUGGCAAAGUCGACGGAGACACCGAACCAGGAACUUAUACCAUGGUAGCGGGUAUCGUCUUCCAGAUGGCAUCUAUAACUGCAUUCGUGGUAUGCGGUAUUGACUUCCUCCGACGGUCACGAAGGCCUCAUCUGCGAGAACAGUUCACCGUUCGCAUGCGGUACUUAAUGAUGGCGACAAUAUUCUCGGUGGUUGUCAUCUAUGUCCGCAGUAUUUACCGAACGGUCGAGCUGCUGGAAGGCUGGAAGGCUUACUUGAUCACGACCGAGUGGUUCUUCAUCGGGUUGGAUGGGAUUACUAUGGUGUUGGCAGUGGUUGUCUUCAACUUCAUCCAUCCUGGUUGGUUCCUGCCAGAGGCGGCGGGCAAACAAGUCUUGUUGUCUGUGCUUAGCGAUGAAAUUGCUCUGCAAACUAUAACCGAGGCAUGA